GUACAAGACUUUUUGUCUAUAUUAUGAAUUUCCACCCUCGUUAAACUGUGAAAGCCUCUCUCCAUACCAUCUCACUUUAUCUCUUGCGCCGCAGGCUAGGGUUUUCUGCUCCAAGUCAGGGUUCCAGGUGCUUGAUUGGGGAUGUCGAGAGUAUAUAUCGGAAACUUGGACCCAAGGGUUACUGAAACAGAGCUUGAGGAUGAGUUCCGUUGCUAUGGAGUGAUAAGAAAUGUUUGGGUUGCAAGAAGGCCACCUGGCUAUGCUUUUAUCGAUUUUGAUGACUCAAGAGAUGCAUUGGAUGCAAUUCAUGGAGUGGAUGGUAAGAAUGGAUGGAGGGUUGAACUUUCUCACAGUUCUAGAGGUGGAGGCGGAGGAGGACGUGGGGGAGGACGCGGGCGCUCCGGGGGUGGUUCUGAUUUGAAGUGCUAUGAGUGUGGUGAAGUAGGUCAUUUUGCUCGGGAGUGCCGCAAUCGUGGUGGUGGUGGAGGUGGUGGAGGAAGGCGCCGUAGUCGCAGCCCACGCAGAUAUCGCAGAAGCCCAAGCUAUGGUCGGAGGAGUUACAGCCCACGGGGUCGAUCUCCUCCUCCUCGACGGCGCAGUGUGUCUCCUCCUAUUCGUGGACGUAGCUACAGCCGUUCGCCUUAUCGUGGGCGAGAUGAAGCUCCCUAUGCUAACGGAAAUGGUCUCAGGGAUCGACACAGAAGCAGGAGCUAGGAUGUGUGCGGGGAGAAGUGGAAAACUAUUUCCAAAACAUUCAGAGUUGUGUUUCUACUUUUGCUUGAAGUACUACUAGAUCACAACUGUGUAUUUCAUCUCUUCCAGAGAACGGUGGAUUUAAUAACACCCAAAGUCCACAUUUGAAAUUCAUUCUCCGUUUUAGUUUGCAUUCAUCUGGGCUUUCCUUUCCCCCUUUUUUAGUAAACCAAUAUAAAUGUCUUCAAUUAAAUUCUCAUUUGCAUGUUUUCAGCACAGUGAUUUCACGAUAUUUCAUCUCUUUCAUUAAAUUUUCUCUUUAUUU